UACUACGGAUCAAUGUGUUGAUUACUUGGAGACACUUUUAUUCAUCUAAGUUAAAACAAAACUUGACACCUUUACUACAGUCGAGAGCUGAAAUGGAGAAGAGAGGAAACGUGUUGGAUUCACUAAUGUACUCUUGUUCGAUCUGUCUGGAUCUGCUGAAGGAUCCAGUAACGAUUCCCUGUGGACACAACUACUGCAUGGACUGUAUUAAAACAUGCUGGGAUGACGAGGAUCACAGAGGAGUCCACAGCUGUCCUCAGUGCAGGAAGACCUUCACGCCAAAACCUGUUCUGGUGAGAAACAGCAUGUUAGCAGAGUUAGUGGAGGAUCUAAAGAAGACUGGACUACAAGCUGCUCCAGGUGACCCCUCCAAGAACCUGCAGGAGAACAUCUGCUCUCGUCACGAUGAGGUGAUGAAGAUCUUCUGUCGUACGGAUCAGCAGAGUAUCUGUUAUCUGUGUACGAUGGAUGAACAUAAAGGUCAUGAAACAGUCUCAGCUGCAGCAGAAAGAUGUGAGAAGCAGAAGGAGCUGGAGGAGAGUCGACAACAAAUCCAGCAGAGAAUCCAGGACAGAGAGAAAGACGUGGAGCUUCUUCAGCAGGAGGUGGAGGACAUUAAUGUCUCUGCUGAUAAAGCAGUGGAGGACAGUGAGAAGAGCUUCAACGAGGUGAUCCGUCUCCUCCAGAAGAGAAGCUCCGAUGUGAAGCAGCAGGUCAGAUCCCAGCAGGAACAGGAAGUGAGUCGAGUCAAAGAUCUUCAGGAGAAACUGCAGCAGGAGAUCACUGACCUGAAGAGGAGAGAAGCUGAGAUGAAGCAGCUCUCAGACACCGAGGACCACAACCAGUUCCUCCACAACUACCCCUCACCGUCACCCCUCAGUGGCUCCACACUCUCAUCCAGCAUCCAGAUUCGUCCUCUCAGGUACUUUGAGGACGUGACAGCAGCUGUGUCAGAGACUAUAGAGAAACUACAGGACCUUCUGAGAGAGACGUGGACAAACAUCUCACUGUCAGUGGCUGAAGUGGAUGUUUUACUGUCGGAACCAGAACCAAAGACCAGAUAUGGAUUCUUGAAAUAUUCAAGAAAUAUCACUCUGGAUCCAAACACUGCAAACUCAUAUCUGUUACUGUCUGAUGGGAACAGAAAAGUGACAAGGAUGAAUGAAAAACAGUCAUAUUCUGAUCAUCCAGACAGAUUCACUGAUUGGUUAAUAAUAAUAAUUAAAGCUAGUCUGACUGGACGGUGUUACUGGGAGGUGGAGUGGAGAGGAAAAGAAGUCUAUGUUGUGGUCGUAUACAAGAACAUCAGCAGAAAAGGAAACUCAAAUGAUUCUAAAUUUGGAUGCAACAACAAAAGCUGGUCUUUGCGUUGUGACACCAACAGUUACACAUUCUGGCACAACAACAUUAAAACUCGUGUCUCAGGUCCUCGUUCCUCCCGAGUUGGAGUUUACCUGGACCACGGAGCUGGUCUUCUGUCCUUCUACAGCGUCUAUGAGACCAUGACCCUCCUCCACAGAGUCCAGACCUCCUUCACCCAGCCGCUCCACGCUGGACUUUCACCUGGUGGUUCAGCUGAGCUUGUUAAAGUUAAGUAAUUUAACCAUCAGUGUAUCAACUGUGUAACAAGAAAACGGUUGGAACAAAAACUAAACUGAUGAAAGAAAUCAAGUUUGUGGUUUUAAAUAAACAAGUGCGUAAAUAAUGAAGAAGUAACAAAAACAUGACCUUGUAUGAGAGAGAAAUGUGUUUUUAACUGGUGAUUGAAAUAAUAUAUUGGUGAUUAUAAAACCUGUAAUUUCUUAUUUCUUAGAUUGAAUCACUGUAAUCUAUUACUAUCAUGGAACAAUGAUACUUAUGUUAAACAUUUAGACGUUGUGGGUUCUGAGUGGGUUUGAUUGAUCAUUAUCAAUGAAUCAAAUGUAAAUAUAA